AUGGACAUCAAUACCGCCAGCUUGGAUGUUUUGCAAACGAUUCCGGGCGUUGGACCGACACUCAGCAAGCGCAUUGUCGCGAGCCGACCCUUCCACGAGCACGUGGAGCUGCUGGCAGUGCCAGGCAUAGGCCCAAAACGAUUCGCUAUCCUUGGGCAACACUUGCUGCCAUUGCCAGCCAAAGCGACAGGAUCAAACACCCAAGAUCGUCACACAAGCUUGUCACCCAAAGAGGCAGUGAUUCCAGCAUCUCGUUCGUCAGGAACUCGUCCGUCAAAGUCAUACGACCUCCAUAACACGACGUUUCCACUUGCAUUGAACCAUGCGUCGAUCGAAAUGUUGCAGCUCAUUCGAGGCAUCGGACCCGUCCUCGGCAGCCGCAUCAUCCAUAGCCGCCCAUUUGCCACUGUGGACGAACUGCAGUCGGUGCGUGGCAUCAGUACGACGCUGUUGCAGUUCUUUCGCCAACACCUGACAGUGCUCCAAUCCAAUCCUGGUAGUGGCAUCGUCAUGUUGACUGCGCCAUCCAACGCAACAUGCUGCCUCGCCUCUGCAUCGUUCUGUGAACGAGUUCCCAGAUGUCCCAGCACCCCUCGGCUGCUCUUGGCUACGUGGAAUAUCCGCCACCUGUCCAAACAUCGACCUACAUCAUCCUUGCAUCGCAUCGUGCAUGUUAUCUCGCGAUUCGACGUUGUCGCCCUUCAGGAAGUCCGCGAUGUCAUGGUGGUGAAGCGGCUGUGCGCGCUCCUUCCUGGCUACACCUACGUCCUGAGUCCUCCACUUGGCACGACCACGACCGAGCAUUUUUGCUACUUUUAUCGCAAAAGCCUUGGUUUUCAAGCCACAGUCGUCGACUCGGACCAUAAGUCCAUGGCCCGCAUGCCCUUUGUCGUGCAGUUUCGCGGGAAUGGGCCGUCGUUCGUUCUUGUGAACGUUCACGUUGUGUUUGGGCGGCGCCAUCGACGGUUGCGCGAGAUUCAAACCCUCCACCGACUGUUGACCUCCCUCCGCGAUUGCUCGUAUGACUGCCACGUCAUCUUACUCGGCGACUUCAACUUGCCCCCGUUUGACAUUGGCCCUCUACUCGGGGGGUGGUACCCCCUUUUCAGACCCCCCGACACGACCACGAUUUUCAACAACCUGUACGACAACAUUUGGCUGCCGGACUCGAUUUCAAAGGUGGCCCGUGGAGUCGUUCGCGUCGACCACGAGUUCUACCCCGACACCAAACACUACCCGAGCUAUCCGAUCACUGCCCCGUGUUUUUUAGUCUUAGUAUGA